CUCUACAUUUCAAUCUCCUUCACUUCCCUUCAUUUCUCACUACUCGUGUUCUUCCGACGGGCUCUCAGCUGAAACGACUCUCAACCUCAAUGGCCGACUCAAUAAUGACCGAAAUUCGAAAAAUACCGCCAGUGACGCGGUUCCUUUCUGCUUCACUUCUGGGCGUGUCAAUACCGUAUCUUCUUGGGAUAAUAUCACCGUAUACUUUGCUUUACCAUCGAGAUUCGGUGCUGCAAAGGCUGCAGAUAUGGCGCCUCUACACAAGUUUCUUUAUUGGAAGCUCGGGGAUAAACUUUAUAUUUGAACUGGCGAUGCUCUACCAAACAUCCAACCAACUCGAAGCCACAUACGAUUCUGCAGACCUUGCCUGGCAAUUAUUUUUUGCUUGUGCAGCGAUAAAUGUUGCAAGCCAUCCUCUUGGCGCUUCUAUAUUUCUACGACCUCUCAUGCACUGUCUCACAUACAUCUCCUCAGCGCGCGCUCCACCGGGCUCGCAAUCCUCGUUCUUCGGUCUUCUUGCCCUUCCUGUCGUAUAUGUACCAUACACGAUGCUGGCUGUUGAGCUCCUCAUGGGCGGACCAGCAGCGGUAGGUCGAGCUGUUGUCGGAACCAUCGUAGGCCAUCUGUGGUGGUGGCGUGUUUGGAAUGCCGGUGAUGCACAGGGCGCAGCGUGGGCCAGGGCGCCACGGUGGGUCAGAGAUCUGGUUGGCUCGAGAGCUGUAUCUGGAGGGAGCGGGAGUACCAGUGGUGUACAUGUGUAUCCACCUCGUACCCGGGGUGGUGCAUCAGGGUCUGGAACCGGUUCAAGCAGUGGGACUAGCAGGGGGUACAACUGGGGAUCAGGACACCGGCUAGGGGAUCAUUGAUGGAAAUGUUGGUACUUUUGAUGUCUUCACCUUUGCUGUUCUAACGCGACUUCAGGUAAUAUUGAUACUACUAGGUUUUUUUGGUCGUCAAAACAGCGCCAACGUGUAUAUCCAACUAAAAGAAUUGAAUAUUCAUUCUAUCUAUCA